AGCCCUAGACGCGACAUUUAGUUGGUAACCGCGCUUUUUGAAUUUGCGACCGCGCUUUGAGGUAGUUAGUUAUUAACUGACCUGACAGGAUCGCGAGUCACGAAGGCCGCAGCCAAGCUACCGAAUAAAACCCUUGUUUUAAAAGAAGUGUUGAUAGAUAUACGUAUCCUAUUGCGACAUUUGGAUACCUAAAAUGCUUACGUGAUUAAAUUUUACAAAGAAACGAUCAAACACGCAAUUGAGCAAGAAUGUAUAGCGUCACUGUAAACGGUCCUAUUGAGUGAUGGCGGAAGCGCGGCGAACUACCUACAUGACUUCCGAUUAAAAUUUUAGUCUCGUGGGAGUUUUCCUGGUUUAUUGCGUAGCUAAUCCAUAACGUAUAUAUAAUUGUCUCUUAGAAUCUGUGUUCAUAGUUUUGGGAGAUUGCGAAUUUUUGAAGUAGUAGCUCGUUUUAAUAUCGCCCAUGAGCGCAAAGAAAUGGCUACCGCGAAGGCUGAAGCAAAACACUUUGAGAUUUUAAAAGGUCUCUGUCGUGUUUGCGGAAAACGGUUGAAGAAGGCAAAAAGCCUCUAUGCCCAAAGCUUUGCCUGCGGCAGUUUCAAAACAUUGCUCGAGGGCAAAUUUGGCAUCAAUGUCGAGAAGGAUGACCCCUAUAUUCAUCUGAUGCGCUUUUGUAAGUUGUGUCGUCUCGCAACAACUGACAAGGCUCCCAUAAUCUGGGAGAUUCACCUGGAAGAGGACUGCCCAACGUGCGCCUUAGAAGAGCAAAUUCAAAAAGGCGGUAGGCCGAAAAAAGCAAAGCGAGGCGGUGCGAGAGGGCAGGCUAAAAACUCCGCUUGGGAAGAGACGACAAACGUGGGUUUAAAAGCACAACUAAUCGCGCGCGUCACCGAGCUUAGUGCCUCUAUGAACACACUAAGGGACCACCGAUUCACCGAGCGCUUUGACUUUUUCGAAACGAAAAAAGAAGAGUUUCAUUGCGCUAUUUGCCUAGACGUCCUCGAAAAGCCUCUGUCAUCAAAGUGCCAGCACAGUUGCUGCUCGGACUGCUGGAAAUCUGCUUUCGAGUUGGGGGAAAAACAUCCAGCAUGCCCAAUAUGUCAAGAGACGCUGGCGGACCCUAAUGACCCCCAGCGCGCACCGCUUGUUUUAAUCCAGCUUUUAGAGGGGUACCUGGUUAAAUGUAGGGCAUGUGGUACCCGAUUGCCUUAUCACCUGUGCAACAGCCAUCCCUGUCCCCCGAGAAAGCGCCAGCGUGCGAAUAGCCCCGUCCCUGCCGCUGCUGUUGUGCUAGAUCCUCAGACCCGAACCCUCGAGCAGAUGUUAAACGAGGUCCGCACAGGCCUCGUUUCCCCUGAUGUUGCGCGACUUGGGAAUUUGAUUGUGAACACAAUCUGCAAGAAUUCGGAGGAUGGGAUAACAGCCCGAUUGCCUGGAUCUGGAAAGCCAACCGUGGUCAUGAAAAUACCUCAGGCACAGACUUCAGAUUUCAUCCGGGAACGGAAGUUUCCUUCAGGCUUUUUCGGCGAGCAGGGUGGUGAAUCAAUUCAUCAUGAACUCAACCAGUUGAACCGUGAAUUCAGCUCGAUCCACCCUGCGUCGCGUCGGCUACGAAAAAUAAUAGAAGAGCAUAGCAUUAGAGUUGCACCUCUAAACCGCUCAAAAUAUCCAGAAAAAAAAAAAUCGAAAACGAAGAGCUCACACCGCUACAACCUGAUUAAGCCGAGUCAGUCUCGUUUCUUAAUAAUCCGAGUCGUGUAUCAAUUGUAAAACUAUUGCAAAGCCAGGAGGACGCGGGAGCGACAAGUAUUACUCCUUCGAUGUUCAAAUCAGUAUUAAUAUUCUAUCGAAAAUAAACUUAAACCAACUAAAAAAAA